CGCUUUUUGACAGUACCAAACUACAAAAACAUGUCUCCAGAUCUGAAUUAACGGAAUUUCUUCAAUAAAACUAAUAGUUAUUGAUAGAAAUUUUUUGUUUAUACAAAUAUUAAGUACUUUAAUUACAAUGAGUUCGCCAACACCUGAUACUCCUGAUAGAGAUGGAGCUCGUUCUCGUAUGACAUCACCAGCUCGUGAAUUUGAAAUGUUUGAAGAUGAAGGGGCCAUUCUGGGUGAUAAUCCGGAAGAAGAGGAAGAAGAUGGAGAGGAGCUUUUUAAUGAUAAUAUGGAAGCUGACUAUCGUCCAAUGCCAGCAUUGGAUAGGUAUGAUGCUGAAGAUCUGGACGAUGAAGACUAUGAAGCAAUGUCUGUCGGAGACCGUGUUGCAGCUGAGCGAGAACUUCAGCGACGAGACAGAGAUGAAGGCAGAAUGAGGAGAGAUGAUCGAGAUUUGCUUUAUGAUGAUUCUGACAAUGAAAGUGGAGAGGCUCCUCGUGCAAAGCGUCGCAGAGCUGCAGAGAAGGCUGCUACAGGUUCAGAUGAAAAAGUUGAAGAAGGCAUUGAGAGUAUUGAAAACUUAGAAGACACAAAAGGGUAUACUACCAAAGAGUGGGUGUCUAUGUUGGGGCCAAGAACUGAGAUAUCUAACAGGUUCAAAAACUUCCUCCGCACAUACACAAACAGUAAGGGUCAAUUCGUGUACAAAGAAAGAAUCCGGCGCAUGUGUGAACACAACCAGGCAUCGUUCCACGUGGAGUUCGACGUGUUGGCGCGAAGGGAACAAGUGCUUGCUUACUUCCUGCCGGAAGCGCCCUUCCAGAUGUUGCAAAUCUUCCACGAGGUUGCCAAGGAAAUCGUCCUUCAGAUAUUUCCGAGCUACGAACGCGUGACGUCAGAGAUCCACGUCCGCAUCGCAGAGUUGCCGCUCAUAGAGGAGCUGCGGACAUUCCGCAAGCUACACUUAAACCAGUUGGUGAGGACGGUGGGGGUAAUCACCGCCACCACGGGCGUCCUCCCGCAACUGUCGGUAGUAAAGUAUGAUUGUAAUCGCUGUGGCUACAUCCUGGGGCCAUUCGUGCAGUCACAGAACUCCGAGGUGAAGCCGGGUUCCUGUCCAGAAUGUCAAAGCGCUGGUCCCUUUAUGGUGAACAUGGAACAAACAGUUUACCGUAACUACCAAAAAGUAACUAUACAAGAAUCCCCGGGACGGAUUCCUGCAGGGCGAAUACCAAGGAGCAAGGAUUGCAUACUGCUGUCCGACCUUUGUGACAGAUGCAAACCUGGCGACGAAGUGGACCUCACGGGGAUAUACACUAAUAAUUAUGAUGGCUCUCUCAAUACUGAACAGGGUUUCCCAGUUUUUGCAACAGUGAUUAUUGCAAAUUAUAUAGUCGUGAAAGAUUGCAAGCAUAUAGUGGAAUCAUUAACAGACGACGAUGUUGCCAGUAUUGUCAAACUUUCAAAAGAUCCCCAGAUCGGAGAGAGAAUAGUCAAAAGUAUUGCUCCAUCAAUAUAUGGACAUGAUUACAUCAAACGCGGCUUGGCUCUUGCUUUGUUUGGGGGUGAACCUAAGAAUCCUGGCGAUAAACAUAAACUAAGAGGAGACAUCAAUGUUUUAAUAUGCGGUGACCCCGGCACAGCUAAAUCACAAUUUUUGAAAUACACAGAAAAGAUUGCACCCCGAGCUAUAUUCACAACUGGACAAGGCGCCAGUGCCGUUGGUCUCACGGCGUACGUGAGGAAGAGCCCUACUACAAGGGAAUGGACAUUAGAAGCAGGAGCGUUAGUUUUGGCAGACCGAGGUGUCUGUCUCAUAGAUGAGUUCGACAAAAUGAAUGACCAAGACCGAACUUCCAUCCAUGAAGCCAUGGAACAGCAGUCAAUAUCUAUUUCUAAAGCUGGUAUUGUCACAUCAUUGCAUGCUAGAUGUUCAAUAAUAGCAGCGGCUAACCCUAUUGGCGGUCGUUACGACGCGUCGCUCACAUUUACAGAGAAUGUCAAUCUCUCCGAGCCUAUAUUGUCUCGGUUUGACGUUCUCUGUGUAGUCAGGGACGAAGCUGAUCCCAUGCAAGAUGCUCACUUAGCUAAGUUUGUAGUGAGCUCGCACAUAAGACAUCAUCCAACUCAGCGUGGCGCAACUUUAGAAGAUACAUCAACGGAAAAUGACUUUAUCCUACCACAAGAUCUCUUUAAGAAGUACAUUGUGUACGCCAGAGAAAAUGUUCAUCCAAAAUUACAGAAUAUGGACCAAGACAAAGUUGCUAAAAUGUAUAGCCAGCUACGACAAGAAUCCUUGGCAACCGGCAGCUUACCUAUCACUGUUCGACAUAUUGAAUCUGUUAUCCGGAUGAGCGAGGCGCACGCUCGGAUGCACUUGCGGAACCAAGUGAACGAGGAAGAUGUUAAUCUCGCCAUCAGGACCAUGCUGGAGAGCUUUGUGGAUACACAGAAGUACAGCGUCAUGCGCGCAAUGAGACAGACAUUCCAGAAAUAUCUAUCGUACAAGAAGGAUCAUAGUGAGCUACUCUACUAUAUUCUUCGACAACUUACAAUGGAUCAACUAGCCUAUAUGAGGGGUCUUCAUAAUCAUUCGCAGUCAACUAUUGAAAUCUCUGAGCGUGACCUUAUUGAGCGAGCAAGACAGAUUAACAUCUCAGACUUAAAACCCUUCUAUGAUAGCAGAAUAUUCAAAUUAAACAGCUUCAGCUAUGAUCAAAAACGUAAAGUCAUUAUUCACACUCUUCCUGAAGUGCCGACAGUAUCAUAAAAUUAAAUCGUUAAACAAAUUAUUUUUAAUUGGUUUUACAUUAACUUUCAUUUUUGCUUUAUUAUGAUGUUGAUCAAUCAUAAAGAAUCUUAUUUUUCUUGUCACUUAUACAAUAUUAGGUGUAUAUUCCCACAGACGACAAUAUUCACAAUUUUUAUUUUAUACCUAUUAACCAUAAGUUUUACAUUUACAUUACUUUUAAAAUUUAGUAAUAUUGCGAAUAUUUUUCUUUUUAUUAAAGAUUUUCGAAUAGCUUUAGUUUAGCUUUUGGGGCUGAAUCAGUUUGAAAGGUAUUUGGUUGCUUUUGUAUUUUAAGACUUAAUUUUUUUGGCUACCAAGUUUUUCAGGUGCAUCAUUGUCUACAUACAUAUAAAUUAUAUCAUUGAUCAAGUAGACUUGUAUAAAGAAAGUAAACAGAUUAUAGAUUUGUAUUUUAAUCAUUGCAAGU